AACUCUAUGAGAGAUUAAGGCAGGGACACGGGGUACUCAUUCACCAGUAAAGAACGCACGCGGCAAAGUCAGUUCGAAAGGAUGUGCGUGCUUCCGCGCGGCCAGAUGUCAUCUACUGCAGCGUGAGAGAGAAGAAGAGCCAGGGGACACUGAGGAAUAGAAGACCCCGGACACAGAAUAUCAGCAGAACAGUUAAAGACCGCAGAAGUAAAGGACUGUGGACACCCGCGAGUCAAGACUGAAAAGAUACCUGAAAGAGACCGCAGCUCUCUCUCCCCAUCUUUUGAUCUCUUCUCUUUAUUUCUCUCUCAGUCCCGCUCCCUCUCUAAUGGGAGUAACUUAGAACACGCUGUUCCAUCUCACGCCCCCGCCCCCCUCCCUGUGUUUCUGUGGUGAUGGAAGCGCCCAGCAGAAAGUGAUGUCGUGGAAGAGGAACUACUUUGCGUCGGGCGGUGGCAGCGGGAGUCCCGGUGGAGGGCUACAGGGCCUGAUCACGACUCCGCGGACUAUGGCUUCCUUCGCCCCGAGUAAAGGCCUGAGCAAUGAACCUGGACAGAACAGCUGCUUUUUAAACAGUGCCCUGCAGGUUCUGUGGCAUCUGGAUAUCUUCCGUAGAAGUUUCCGCCAGCUGACCACUCACAAGUGUAUGGAAGACUCCUGCAUCUUCUGUGCCCUCAAGAGUAUCUUUGCCCAGUUCCAGUUCAGCAGUGAGCGUGUGUUACCGUCGGACGUGUUGCGGAGUGCGCUGGCCAAGACCUUCCAGGACGAACAGCGUUUCCAGCUGGGGAUCAUGGACGACGCAGCAGAAUGCUUCGAGAACCUACUGAUGCGUAUCCAUUUCCACAUCAGCGCCGAGACCAGAGAGGACAUCUGUACAGCUAAACACUGUAUACCACACCAGAAGUUUGCCAUGACGCUGUUCGAACAGUGUGUGUGUAAUAGUUGUGGAGCCACGUCGGACCCCCUCCCCUUCAUUCAGAUGGUUCACUACAUCUCUACCACGUCCCUCUGUAACCAGGCGGUGAGGAUGUUAGAGUGCAGAGAGAAGCCCACCCCCGACAUGUUUGGAGAGCUGCUCCGUAACGCCAGCAACAUGGGAGACCUACGCAACUGCCCAAGUAACUGUGGGGAGGUGUUGCGUAUCCGCCGCGUGUUGCUGAACUCUCCAGAGAUAGUGUCCAUCGGCCUGGUCUGGGACUCAGACCACUCUGACCUGGCUGAGGACGUCAUUCACAGCCUGGGCACCUGUCUACGCCUGGGGGAUUUAUUCUACCGUGUGACAGAGGAGCGGGCUCGUCAGGCUGAGCUGUACCUGGUUGGUAUGGUGUGUUACUAUGGUAAACACUACUCCACAUUCUUCUUCCAGACUAAGAUACGCAAGUGGAUGUACUUCGACGACGCUCAUGUCAAAGAGAUCGGUCCUAAGUGGAAGGACGUGGUGGCACGCUGUAUAAAGGGUCACUACCAGCCUCUAUUGCUGCUCUAUGCUGACCCCCGGGGGACGCCGGUGGUAUCGCAGGACAGCCCCUCCUUCUCUAACCCCCAGCUGGACCUGCUGCACUGCAGCAAGGCUGGCUAUGACAGCGAGGACUCUGGGCGGGAGCCCUCCAUAUCCAGUGAUACCCGUACAGAUUCCUCUGACAGCUCCAGCCACCGAGCAUCUCGAAAUCGCCCUCUCCACCAGUCAACAGGCAGCCACCUGUCCAACGAAUCGCAGACCACAGUGGUCGGUAAACAUGACAACGGGACGCCCCUACACAGCGCAGACGCAACAGGGGGAUCUGUGCUGGGUUCUGAGGCAGGGGCCUUGGGGCCUCCCUGGGAGGAUGAGAGCACUAGCAGCGAGUCCAAGUCUAGUUCUUCUGGUGGUCGGUGUUACCGGCCAGCCUGGAGGCCACGGAGGGAGGCCCUGAACAUCGAUAGCAUCUUCACCCGCCAGAGAGGCUCUCCGCUGGGCUACAGCACCCUGCCCGGGCCCCGUCUACCUCCAAAGUUCCAUCAACACUGUCCAACUAACACGCCUGAUCUGCAGGGGGCAGGAGAGGUGGCCUGGGGUGUAGCGGGCUUGGGGGGACACACUGGCGGGGUGGCUGGUGUGGCAGGGAUGCCUGGGUUGCUAGGCAAUGGUACGGGCUGCCCCCCUCCUCCUCCUCCCCCGUUGAGAGGGGUGGAGCUUCAGCCCUGUCUGAUACAGAGGAUGGAGAGUGGUUACGAGAGCAGCGAGAGGAACAGCAGCAGCCCUGACAGAGAGGUAGGUCAGAAGCGUGUGUUGAUGUCUGGUCCGUCGUGGCGCUCAGUGCCCAAGUCCAAGAGCACCAGUGCCAUCCUGCAGGAGCUGCCAGCACCUAGCUGGGGCAGCAACAGCAACCUGGGCGCUGGCCGUAGCGAGCUGGAUGAGCUUCAGGAGGAGGUGGUGAGGAGAGCGAGGCAGCAGGAGCAGCAGAGGAGGAAAGAGGCAGAGAGAGAAGCUGCUGUGGGAUUCAACCCCAGACCCUCCAAAUACAUGGACUUAGACCAGCUGCAACACCAGGCUGUGCUCAGCCCCUUGCAUGAGGCUAAUGCUCAUAGUGGAUUGGCUGUAGCUGCGUGCAUGAGGAGCCCUUGGGAACCAAUCACACAGGAUCAGGAUAUGGAGCAGGAGACAAGAAGCGCCCGUCCACAGGGGCAUCGCAGUGAACAGCCUGGCCCGCUCCAAGUACUGCUGACGCCCAAUCAGGAGGGGGAAGAGGUCCGGCCAGCCUACCAGGAUGCAGCCCUGGGCCCUGGCCAGCCCCUUCUCUCCUACAGACCCUCCCCCAACCUCACCCUUCUCCACUCAUCCCUCCAACCCCCUCCCACCAACAACACCGCAGCACAGGUUGAGGAGGGGAGAGAACGGGUCAGGAGGGAGGAGGAUGUGGGGAUGAGUGAGGUCGGGGGACAGGGACUGAGGAAAGUUGAGGAGGAGGAGCGGUUGAGGAGGGGUGAGGAAAGGCAGGGGGUGAGGCUGGAGGAGUUGUUACAGGUCGGGGGUGUGUGUGUGAGACCUCUAGGCAGACACCUGGCCAUCUCUCUUCCCUCUUUACCUCUCAGACUCUGGGAUAUAUCAGACACACACACUACCCCCUCACACACACAUUCACCCUCUGACCCCCAACACACACGACCCCCACAUUCAAACACGGACUCCCCACACAUGUAUACAGACCCUGAGCCCACACACAAACAGUCUGACCCUCCGCCCACCCCCCCCUCAUCCCGCAGUCAGCCCCACCCCUCCCCGCCCACCGCGUCUUCUGAUUGGCCCAAUCAAGUUUCCACCUUCAACACCAUCACAAGUCAUUGGUCCUCCUGGAGCUUGGACCGCCCAGAUGCCGUGGUUACGCCAUAUGACACACCUCCAGAUCGCUGCCUCCCCAUUAAGGCACACCUCUCCCACAGAAAAUACAACUCCCAGCCUGCCCCUGCACAGCAUGAACCCUGUGACCCUGAGGAGGCAGAGUUAUCAGAGCUGGACUUCCUGUACCGGGCCAGUCUCCAGGCAGGAAGUAGAGGUGGCAGCCCGGCCGGGAGCCUGCAGUGUGGGGUAAGAGGGCCAGCCCGCUCCUUCACUCCCAACACGGAGGGGAGUGUGUACCAGACUGACAGCAGCAGCACAAUGGUCCGCAGUCUGAGCGGCACAGUCAUCAACCCGCGUCGCCACCGUCUCACCGCAGCACGCAGCUUUGAGAUGCCCAAUGGCGCGGGGAGUUUCUGGUGUCUGACGGGGGUGAAGCUGACUUCAGACCACUUAAGACAGUGGUCUUCAAACCACUGAUGUGCCUCCAUAUGCAUCUACGCUACAGGCACCUCCCAGGGCAGCUCGCUCGGGUCCUUACCCUCCACCGCUACAAGCACAUCCCACAUUGGACCUCUAGGGUCCUUACGUACCCUCCACACCACUACGGGGACCUCCCAGGGCAGCCUUCUAGGGUCCAAACCCUCCACAGUUCUACAGGCACCUCCCAGGGCAGCUCUAUGGGGUCCUUACCCUCCACACAGCUAGAGGGACCUCCCAGGGCAGCUCUUUGGAGUCCUAAUACUCCACACCACUAAAGGAACCUCCCAGGACAGCUAUUUGCAGGUCCUUACCCUCGACACCGCUAAAGGCAUUUCCCAGAGCAGACAUCCGGGGUCCUAACUCUCCACACCGCUACAGGCAUCUUCCAAAGCAGCCAUGCACCUCACCCAACGCCACGAUAGGGGGUUGGUCUAGGACCCCCCCAACCCCAAACAUACACCUCUCCCCACGUCCAUCCCUCAGUGGUCUACUAACCUCCCUCUACCCCCAUCUCGCACCCUCCGCCCUUCUUCAACUAUUCAGUCUAUGCAGUCAUUCUUAGUCCCCCUCAGCAGGAAUUACUCUGAAACCCAAAACAACAAACUCACCUAAUUACACUUCUAGCUAGCUAGCUUGCGACCUGCUAGCCUGUUAGCCUCCUAAUAUAGUCCGACUCUGAACAUUAUCCUGCUGGCCUUCCCCUCUUUGGGCCUAUAAAGGAGGGAGUAGAUUAGCUAGCUAGGUUUAGCCUAUGAUCUCCCUGCUUUAUCUGCCCCAAUCAGAGGGGCUCUGGAACCUUGAGGUGACUGAAAGAUCCACAGGGGGAGGAGGGGGUUACCGAUAAGCCACGGCUUCUUCCUUUUUCUUUAUGGGCAUUUCCUGUCUGAUGACAGCACAGCACACCUGGAUAUGUUGUUUCCAAGGGAACCCCAGGACCAGUGCGUAUGUGCCUACAUAGCUACGUAUAGACUGAACUCUAAUAAUAACUAAAGUCAUGUACAGAAAAACGAUAUAUGAAACCUGUAUGUUAUUAAGACCUUAUGGAAUGUUCAUACUAAUAAUGAUAAUAAUGAAGAUAUUGAUAACUUUAGUGGUGACUCCUGGUCCUCCUGGUCCUGGAUUGAGUGACCUUCACAAGUGUCCAGCUGGAGGUCACCUGACUGACCGUUGUAACGGCUAACGCUGCUCUCCCAUUUCUAUCGGGAGAAACUACCUUCCUUUUUCCUUUUUUAAAAUUUUAUUUUAUUUUUUUUACAGAUAACGGUAGCUAAACGGAAACAAACUUUUGCACACCUGAUGUAACGUGAGAGAGAGCGAGAGCUUUGACCGAGCGAGGGUAAGGGAACUAAAUUGGGAAUUUGGGAAGUGUGUUUGCUGAAGGGUACAUAGGAAAGUGUACCGGCUGAACGGUACUUGCUGAAGUGUACUCGAUGAAGGGUAAAUGUAAUCUAAUUUAUUUGAGGCCUCAGGUUAACAUGAUUGGUUCUUAGUUAGUGAGAUUCUCUAUCUUCUUCUGGACCUUUCCGUUCAGCUCUGAUCCUGAUGUUACUCAGAUAUGAAUGGUGAAACACUAUAUUAUAAAUAUACUUCAUAUGUGUACUGUAGGUAUUGUCUCUCAUGCUCCAGUUAUAACAGGGUUCUCUGACUUACCCCUAACUGAAUAACACUGACAUGUCUUGAAAAUGUUAUGAUAUGAUUUAACCUGCUGAACAUGUUAUGACAUAUGUACAUAUAAUAUGUAUGUAUAUACAUAAUAAGUACAUACAUUUAAUACAUUAUAACUAAUCCCUAUUUGGAGACCAAUGGCCAGUGCAGAACGAGAUCUAGACAGAACUGAUAAAUGAUUGUUGUAUCUAAACCAAAGGUUGGCACUUAGACAAAGACACAGCUCUCUGUCUGUCUUUUAACAUUGUGAUUUAAAAAAAAAAAAAUGUAUUUAUUAAUUUGAUUAUUUUGUUGCUGUUUGUGUUGUGGAUGUUGGAGAAUGUAGCCAACUGUAGCGCAUGAGUCUGCUAUGCAAAUCAACCUUCCCUCCUGACCCUUGACCUCUGACCUGACAGAUAGGAAGCAGGAAGUGGACACGCCCACGAACGGAUGCUUUAUUUACGAAUAUAAGUCAAGAAGAUACGUGAUUAAAUGCUGCUGUUGAACACUGUACUAAGUCAUAGGCUCGAUUCCAAAUGGCACCCGUCUCCCUAUAUACUACACACUACUUUUGGCCAGAGCCCUACAUAGGGAAUAGGGUGUGAUUUCCGAUUCGCACCAUAUACAUACAUAGUACUGAAGUGGUUCACUAUGUAGUAAGAAGGGAUAAUGUAUACCAAGGGUAUUCAACUCUGACCCUACGAGGUCCGGAGCCUGCUGUUUUUCUGUUCUACCUGAUAAUGAAUUGCACACACCUGGUGUCCCAGGUCUAAAGCAGUCCCUGAUUACAGGGGAACAAUGAAAAGAUGCAGUGGAACUGGCUUCGUGGUACAGAGUUGAGUUCGAGGGCUGUAUACUAUGCUAGGAACAGUCAAUGGAAAUUCAAUGCAAAGAGAGAGUGGAAGAAAGAGUAAUGGCGAAUGAAAGAAAGUACAUAGAGAGGAGAUAAAAUGAUGUUCUGUUUGUGUGUGAAAUAGAGAUGAUGUGAGGAUGAAAGAGGGCUAGGAGUCGUUUUUAGAGAGCGAGUUGUAUGUGUUUGUGUGUGUGUAGGGUGUUUGUGUGUGUUGGUACUGGGUAUCAUUGCUUGGCGAACGAGGGAAAGAGGGAUCCUGUAUUUUUGCAAUAAAGUUAUUACCACUGCUCUCUUAAUGGGGCGUAACCACUCA